UACCCUUAUAUAACUACUGUCCUUUUCAUAAACUUCCCUCAACUUCUUUCCAACUUCUUCCCCCACCAUAAUUACAUUACAUACAAACUCCUUACCAACUUUUCUUCUUGUUUUUGUUCUUGUUCUUGCUUUUGUUUUGCUUAUUUGGGAUUUUAUCUUAGUAAAAAAGAAAAUAUACUUAAUUAAUUGGUAUUAUUACAUAUAUUGAUUGACAAAUAUGGCAAGUUUGGCAACAGAGGAAGCAAAGAUGGUGGAGACUGAAACUACGGCGGCGGCGCCUCUUACUCCUCCGCAAGAGUCACCAGCGCCGCUGGCCGUGGAGACCCAGGAAACUGUGGUUCUGGCUGAGGAGAAAGUUGUGGAACAAGUUCCACCACCACCGCCGCCUUCUGCCGCCGCCACUGUGGUAGAAACCCCUGAACCUCAAAACACCCCUGUUUCUGUUGAAAAUAAUCCUAAGGAGGACAAGCCUUUGGAGGAGAAGCCUAUCGUGGAGAAGUUUGCAGACGAGAAAUCUUUAGAGGAGAAGCCUAUCGAGGAGAAGUCUGUAGAAGAGAAAGAGAAUUCUGUAGGGGAAAAGUCUUUAGAGGGAUCUGUUGCUAGAGAUGCUAAGCUUGUACGAGUUCAGACCGAGAAGAGGAACUCACUCAUCAAAGCAUGGGAAGAAAGUGAGUUGUGCAAGGUCGAAAACAAGGCACACAAGAAUAUUGCUUCUGUAGAGGCAUGGGAGAAUAGCAAAAAAGCAUCUGUUGAGGCUGAGCUAAAAAAGAUGGAGGAAAAGUUGGAAAGGAAGAAGGCAGAAUAUGCGGAAAAAAUGAAGAACAAAGUGGCUAUGAUUCACAAGGAAGCAGAAGAGAAGAAGGCGGCAAUUGAAGCGAAACGUGCUGAAGAUGUGUUAAAAUCAGAAGAAAUGGCUGCCAAAUUUCGUGCCACUGGAAAGGCCCCCAAGAAACUUCUUCUUGGUUUGUUCUAAUAAUAAUUAUGUUAAUAUUUAUUUAGAUUGUGUAAAGGAAAGACCAAAAAAAGCUCAUGUUUCUGUUUGUUAAAGUGUUCUAUGGUUUAAUUUGUUAGUAGUUGUAUAGUAAUGGGCAGAUUUGUAAAAAAUUGUUGCAUACUUGUAUUUAUUUAGUUUCAUAUAUAUGUCAUAUGUGGAUUUGAAUUGUGAUAGUUUUGGGCAGACUUGUAAAAACCUGGGAUAUACAUCUAUUUAUAGUUGUACACAAUGUUGUUAA